AAAAUCAGCAUGGCUUCUUCGAUAAUUUGCAGCGAAACUCAAAGCAGGGUGAGCUCAGUUCUCAACAGAGAUGUAAAGCAGUAUGGAAAGAAGUACAUGUUUGACAGCAAUGAGGAGACGUGCUGGAACUCAGACCAGGGUGAAUGUCAGUGGGUGACUCUGGAGUUCCCCCAAUCUGUCAGGGUGUCCGAAUUAAAGGUCCAGUUCCAGGGAGGCUUCUCGUCCAAAACAUGCAAACUAGAAGGUUACGUCAAAGAUGGAGAUUUUACAGUGAUCAGCCAUUUUUACCCAGAGGACAACAAUGCUCUACAGAGCUUUCCCAUACAGGAGGCCCCUGCCGUGGACAAAUUAAAAAUAAUGUUUGAGAAUAGUGCUGACUUUUUUGGGAGAAUCAUUGUUUAUUCCUUGGACGUCCUGGGGGAAAAAGCUUCAUGACCAUUUUUUU